AUGGCCCCCAAACGGCAAUCUGCACUCCUGCCUCAGCCCAAGAAACCCAAAUUGGCUCCUGCCCCAAAGCUGGAGGACAAGUCGGCCUCUCCCAGCCUGCUGAAGGGACAAAAAGAACAGCAAGAAGCAAUUGAACACAUUGAUGGAGUUCAACAUGAAACAGACAGACUUGAUGAACAAGCCAGUGGGGGCAUUCUGAAAGUAGAACAAAAAUAUAACAAACUCUGCCAACUAUUUUUUCAGAAGAGGUCAGAAUUGAUCGCCAAAAUCCCAAAUUUUUGGGUAACCACAUUUGUCAACCAUCCACACGUGUCUGCACUGCUUGGGGAGGAAGACGAAGAGGGUCUACAUCACUUGACCAGAGCUGAAGUGACAGAAUGUGAAGACAUUAGAUCAGGUUACAGAAUAAAUUCUUAUUCUGAUGAAAAUCCUCACUUUGAAAAUAAAGUUCUCUCCAAAGAAUUUCAUCUAAAUGAGAGUGGCAACCCAUCUUCAAAGUCCACUGAAAUCAAAUGGAAAUCUGGAAAGGAUUUGACAAAAUGCUCAAGUCAAAGGCAGAGUAAGGCCAGCAGGAAGAGGUUGUACGAAGAGCCGGAGCUGCUUUACCAGUUGACUGACCAUUCUGAUGUCGGUGCAGCUGAGUUAGGAGAGGUCAUCAGAGCCGGUGUUUGGCCAAACCCCUUGCAACACUAUUUGGUUUCUGAGAUGGAUGAUGAAGAAGGAGAGGCAGAUGAUGAUGAUGAUGAAGAAUAG